AGAGAGAGAGAGUCAAGUGCCAGAGAACGGGCCAGGGAAGUCUUGCCUCGUGAGCAGCGGGGGGGGCUCACUCUUCAGUUCGACUGUUUCAACCCACCCGCGCACUUCAACCCACCAGCGCGCAUUAACGGAUUUUACCCUGUUCGAUGGGUUUGAAGGACAGGGGAUCAUACGACACAACCGCCUGCUGUGUGCAGGCAGUGAUAGUAACGGUGGAAAGCUACGAUCAUGCUCGCUUACAAUGAUCGGAUAACUCUUAAGUGCUUUCAUAUCUGGCUGGCUCAGUUCCAUAAUUAAUACGAUAUUACGCUUUGCUCGGAUUUAAGUGCUUGUUAAUAAGCAAAACUGACACCGGUUUUUUUUUCUGCAUCCUUCCAUCAAUAGCUGGGGAUUUAGCUAAAAUGCGGUUGAAAGGCAUAUUUUUACUCCUGUCUUUGGGAGCGUUCACCGCUUACUAUGUUUACCAGCCCAUUCCGGACGCGAUAGAGGAGAGAUGGAAACUCAUGUUGACCGACUGCUUCUUCAGAAGUCUCAGCCACCUGGCAGACUUCAGUGAGCUGGUGGGGAUGAAGGACUACAUGGGGGUGAUGAUGUUCAUCACCUUUGCUGAGCGGGUGGUGCCUGUGUCAGACCAACAUGUGCACGUCACAGAGGAGCUGUUUGAUGGGGUGGAGGUGGUGGUGUACCAACCCAAACUGCAGGGAGGCGACUCUGAGUUGAGGAGAGCAGUCAUAUACCUGCAUGGAGGAGGAUGGUGCCUGGGCAGCGCCAGGAUGGGACCAUACGACCUCCUGGCUAGGCAGAUGGUCGUGGAUCUGAACUCUGUGGUGGUGUCUGUAGAGUACCGCCUGGCCCCAGAGCACCACUUCCCUGUCCCGUAUGAGGACGUGUACCGGGUGGUGAAGCACUUCCUCCAGAAGGUGGUGCUGGCCCAGUACACUGUAGACCCUGGACGCAUCGCUGUGUCUGGGGACAGCGCCGGGGGAAACCUGGCUGCAGCCGUGUCCCAGCAGCUGCAGCAGGAUCCAGAACAGCAGCUGCAGCUGAAGGUCCAGGCCCUGCUCUACCCGGUGCUGCAGGCUCUGGACCUCAAUACCCCGUCCUACCAGCAGAACCAGAACAUGCCUAUCCUGCCCCGCACCCUCAUGGUGCGCUUCUGGAGCGAGUACUUCACCAGCGACAAGACCUUCUUUAGGGACAUGAUGUCCAACACUCACACCAGCCCAGAGUCUGCUGCUCUGCUCAAGUUCGCCAACUGGAGUGCCUUCCUGCCAGAGUCCUACCGGGAGAAGUACAACUACAGCUCUCCGGUCAUGGCGUUGUCGGCGGGAGGGGGGGGGUCGGAUGGGCCAUCGCGCUCCAUCGCUGACCCCCGGGCCUCGCCCCUGCUGGUCCCGGACGCCGCUUUACGCUCGCUACCCAAGACCUACGUGCUGACCUGUGAGUACGACGUGCUGCGGGACGACGGGGUGAUGUAUGCCACGCGCCUGCGCCACGCCGGCGUGGAGGUGACGCACGAACACUACGCCAGUGGUUUCCACGGCGCCCUCAUGUUAACCAUGUGGCCAACCGACUUCCUCAUUGGACACACAAUGAUGGACAACUUCAUCAGAUGGCUGCAGCAUAACUUGUAGAAAACAGAAGAAAGGUUAUAGUCUUUCAAUGUUCAUUCCUGUUUCCCCUAGCAACCCAACAGCUGUUGUUAUGUGCUACUUUAAUUUUUGUUUUUUGGUUGUUUUUAUUCAUCUUUUGUUUUUGUUUAUGUUUGUAAAUAAAAAGGGCACCUACUAAG